AAAAUGUUCUUGAUCGCACAAAGCAGCCCUUUUAUUUACUUCCCGGUUUUGUCAUUAACAGAAGGUAAUUUGAACCACACCUCGACUGGAUCGGUCUAUAAAAAGCUGCAGGAACCUUUACAUUAUCUCUGUCUCUGUUUCUGCAAGGCAGAGCAAGAGAGCGAGAACGAGCUGUGUGCUUCAUGAAUGAAAAUGGCCAGUGGCACCGUGACCCCAAGCAGCCUCACCACUACAGGUGCUGGCAACACCGAGCACACGAUAGCUGUCAACAACCCAGCAGAUAUCUCAGUCAUUGUCAUCUAUUUCCUGGUGGUUCUGGCAGUGGGAAUCUGGGCAAUGGUGAGGAGCAACAGGGGCACAGUUGGAGGCUUCUUCCUCGCGAGCAGGAGCAUGAUAUGGUGGCCGAUUGGAGCCUCCCUGUUUGCCAGUAAUAUCGGCAGUGGUCACUUUGUGGGAUUAGCUGGGAAUGGCGCAGCUGGCGGAAUAGCUACUGGAGGAUUCGAAUGGAAUGCCCUUGUCAUUGUCAUUAUUCUGGGAUGGCUGUUUGUGCCAAUCUACAUUCGAGCUGGCGUUGUGACCAUGCCGGAGUACCUGAAGAAGCGAUUCGGGGGGAAUCGGAUCCGAAUUUAUCUGUCUGUGCUCUCACUUUGCCUCUACAUAUUCACCAAGAUAUCGGCUGACAUGUUUUCGGGAGCCAUAUUUAUUCGGGAGGCACUGGGACUAAAUUUGUACAUUGCCGUGGUGAUCCUGCUUUCCAUCACCGCACUGUACACUGUGACAGGUGGAUUAGCGGCUGUGAUCUACACGGACACAUUGCAGACCGUCAUCAUGGUGGUGGGGUCCUUCAUUCUGAUGGGUUUCGCUUUCAAUGAAGUGGGAGGCUAUGAUGCCAUGAGGGAGAAAUAUAUGAACGCCAUCACUAGCCAGACCACUGAUCCAAAUCUGAACAUCAGUGCAGCCUGUUACACACCGCGUUCGGAUUCCUUCCACUUGUUCCGAGAUCCCAUCACCGGUGAUAUUCCAUGGCCAGGCCUGGUCUUCGGCCUGUCCAUCCUAGCGAUCUGGUAUUGGUGUACCGAUCAGGUCAUCGUUCAACGUUGUCUCUCUGCCAAGAACAUGAGUCACGUCAAGGCUGGCUGUAUCCUCUGUGGCUACCUCAAACUAUUGCCCAUGUACCUCAUGGUCUUCCCGGGAAUGAUCAGCCGGAUUCUGUACACAGAUAUCGUAGCUUGUAUUGUGCCCAGUCUUUGCAAAAAGUAUUGUGAUGCAGAGGUUGGAUGCUCCAACAUAGCCUACCCCAGGCUGGUAGUGAAGCUGAUGCCAAUGGGCCUGCGUGGCUUGAUGCUGUCCGUCAUGUUGGCAUCUUUGAUGAGCUCCCUGACGUCCAUCUUUAACAGUGCCAGCACACUCUUCACCAUGGACAUCUGGACCAAGAUCAGGCCCAAAGCUUCAGAAAAGGAACUUAUGUUAGCGGGAAGGGUCUUCACCUUGGUUCUGAUUGGGAUCAGUAUUGCCUGGAUUCCGAUCGUACAAACAGCACAGAGUGGACAGCUCUUUGACUACAUCCAAUCAAUUACCAGCUACUUGGGUCCCCCUAUAGCCUCCGUCUUCCUGCUGGCCAUCUUUGUCAAGCGUGUGAAUGAGCAAGGGGCAUUUUGGGGUUUGAUGUUCGGCCUCGCCACUGGCCUGUCCCGAAUGAUCACGGAGUUUGUGUACGGAACGGGCAGCUGUGUGAUCCCGAGCAAAUGCCCCAAGAUUAUCUGUGGUGUCCACUAUCUAUACUUCGCCAUCAUCCUCUUUGUAGCCACCAACCUGGUGGUGCUCAUCGUGUCCUUCCUGACCAAGCCAAUCGAUGAUGUACAUCUUUACCGCUUGUGUUGGAGCUUGCGUAACAGCACAGAAGAACGUGUAGAUCUGGAUAACGAUGACUGGAAAAAUGAAGAUGCUGAUAGCAAAAUGGGUGUUGAUGAAGAGUCGGACCAAGAUUUGAGCUGCUGGAAGAAAACCUACAACUGGUUCUGCGGUUUCGACCAAACGGCGAAGAAGCUCAGCAAAGAGGAGCAGGAAGCCAUGCAGCAGAAGCUGACAGACGUUUCGGAAGUCCCCCUGUGGAGAAAUGUGGUCAACAUUAAUGCCAUUGUCCUGCUGGCUGUCUGCGUCUUCUUCUGGGCUUUUUACGCAUAGUUCAAGAAUGAAAGGAGACGCUUUGCUGACUGACCUCACCGAACCAUUUCAACCAAACCCAUGAUACACUGCUUUGACACUCUUCACAAGUGAGAGUACAAUGGAUUCUACUUAAACAGUGCUUUCUGAUUUGUGAUAACAAGGUGUGGGGCUGGAUGAACAAGGCAGGCCCAGCAGCAUUAGAGGUGC